UGUCUUGAGUCCUAACGCCAAUUGCAGCGGUGCCAAGCAGAGUCCUCGAGGUGCAGCAGCAUUUAAGAUGCCGAACGUUUCCCGUGUGAAGAUGGCACUCAUGGUGCUGUUUUCUUUGUCAUUAACUCUAGUUUUAGGGUUAUGGCUCCCCGACUCUUUGAAUCUCGUUGCAAGACUUUGUGGUUUUACAGAAACCACUGUAACUCACAGCAUAGUGCUGGUGUACUUAUUAUUUGUGCUGAUAUGUGUGGCAAUGCCCGAUUUGCCCAGGGGAUCCGUGAAGGUUGAAGGAAAGGCUGUGUUCAUUACAGGCUGUGAUAGCGGAUUUGGGUUUGCUUUGGCAAUGCACCUCCAUGCACUGGGGUUCACAGUGUUUGCAGGAUGCCUCCAGAAGGCAAAGGAAGGGACCGGGGUGCGCGAGCUGGAAAGCAUGAAAUCGGACAGGAUGAAGGUUGUGCAGCUGAACGUGUGCAGUGAGGAGGAGGUGGCUGAGGCUGUGAAGUGUGUGAGGAAACAUUUACAGGAAACUGAGACAAGUCUGUGGGCGUUGGUGAACAAUGCUGGAGUAUCAACAUUUGGAGAGGUGGAGUUUACAAGUCUAGAAACAUACAAGCAGGUCGCAGAUGUGAAUCUGUGGGGCACCAUCAGGGUGACGAAGGCUUUUCUUCCGCUUAUCCGCAGAGCCAAAGGCAGGGUGGUAAACAUCGCCAGCAUGUUUGGAAGAAUGAGCAACUCGUCUCGCUCCCCAUACUGUGUGUCCAAGUAUGGUGUGGAGGCCUUUUCAGACUGCCUGAGGUACGAAAUGCAUCGCUGGGGAGUUAAAGUCAGCAUCAUCGAGCCUGGAAACUUCAUUGCUGCCACUGGGAUCCUGACACGUGACAUUGUCAUGGAAACAGCGGACAAACUGUGGAAGGAGGCCCCCCAGAUUGUGCAAGAAGACUAUGGGAGAGCACACUUCGACCGCCACGUUUCAGUCUUGAAAUCCUAUUGCAACAGUGGGUUGAGAGACGUAGCAAUUGUUAUAAAGGACAUUACAGACGCAGUCAUGUCCUGCUACCCAUACACACGCUACAACCCGACAGAUGCCUAUUGGUGGAUCAGGUUACAGAUAAUGACCCAUCUUCCUGCUGCCAUCGCAGACAGGCUCUAUAUUUAUUAACUUGAGCGUGACCAGGUUACCAGUACUUUAUGUUAAUGAGAAAAAAACAAUCUCUCAAAAACAGGUCAAAGUAUGCACUAUAGCUACAGAACAUUGUGUUUGUGCUCUAGUAAUGUUCUGUAUUUGUAGUGUAAAGGUUAAGUGAUUCAAUCCGCACUAUUGAGAUUUUUACACACAUCUGUAGAAAUUCAAGGAUUUCCUGGAAAAAGACCUGAAGAGAAAUGAAUACACAUUUUCAGGGUUUAAUCUCAAGCCUGUUCUUUAGUCUAUACAAGUCUGAUCAUUGAGGGCUUUUUAAUGUAGAGACCUUGAACAUAGCUCUUGCACAGACUGAUCUGUUAAUCUGUUCUAUUGCUUAACAAUACUGUAUGAUUCAAACUUUUCUAAAUAAUUGUGUUGCUUUUUGUGAAAUGCUAUUGGUGGGGUCACCACUUAAAAGUGCAUUAUUAUUAUUACAACUCUGCCUUUUCCAUAAUCACUUUAUAGAAUUAAAACAUGUUCAUUAAAAUUAAUUGUCAA